UGAAAACUCAUUAAUUGAAUGGAUUUGUUGUGAAAUAGCAUUCAAUGACAACAAACGCCUCUUAAAAGUGACUGAAAAAAGUGUCACAAAAUUAUCAAUAAAUUUGUUCAUUAAAUGAGUUAUUAAUUGAAUUGUGAGACCAAUUGAUGACCAAAACGAUGAGUUGUCCGAAGACUACGGGUUUGUCACCGAAAGAGGGACCGCCGGGAACUAAGAUUACGAUUCGCGGCGAGAACUUAGGCCUUUCACAGGACGACCUCAUAAGUGUCCACAUCUGCGGCGUUGACUGUAUUAUGUAUAGCGAGUGGUUAUCACCGCAAAAGAUUAUCAGUCGAUCGGGUCGUUGUAAAGGUUUAGGUGAUGUCAUCGUUACCACCAAAAGUGGUGGCAUCGGCUCAUCAACCGUUCAGUUUAAGGGAUAUGAAGAGAUUGUCGGUCCCACUAAAGACUCGGCCGUUUGGAUCGAUGAAAAUGAUUUUCAUCAGAUGAAUGUCAGACAUCGGUCGACAUCUCCAACGAUGAUGUUUUCUAACGAUCCAUUGGGUCUCUGUACUGAUGAAGACUCGCCAUCGAAGACUAGAAGUGCUAAAAUCAAUGACUCGUUGUUUAGAGAGUUGUUUCCCGAAGCGACCGAAGCAUUGCCUCAAACGUACGCCAAUAUCACAUCCGAUCACUUCCUUCCCAAUUGGUAUUUGUUAGAGCAUCACAACAAUACCUCUUUUAAUGAUCUUAAACUUGGCCUUGAAUUACUUCGGGCUAAAUGUGAGACACAAAUGACACCAAAUGCUUCCUCAGCUCCGGUGACUUUUCUCAAGAGUAAUGUAUUACCAGUUAUUGAAUGUUUAGACGCAUUGAAAGCAUUACAUUUGGCUCUUAAAAAAGAUAAACAAGAAGUGGGACCCGAUUUGAAUGCGAAAGUCGAUGAAUUGAUCCGUAAAUCGACAGAAGAAGCGCACGCCAUAUUUGAUGCCAUCCUUUCUCGUAAAGAUAAGGCCGACUCCACCCGUAAUGCGCUUAACGUUCUCCAGAGAUAUCGUUUUUUGUUUAAUCUUCCGUCAAAUAUUGAUAAAAGUAUACUUAAAGGUGAUUACGAUAUUGUGAUCAAUGACUUUAGUCGCGCCAAAUCUUUGUUUUCAAAUUCAUCUGUAAAUGUCUUUAAAAAAGUUUACUCAGAAGUGGUUCAAAGGAUUGAAAAGUUUAGAGUUAUGUUAAAUGAAAAGUUGAGACAAAGUUGUAGUCAAAAUGAAAACCGAAAUAUUGAUGAAGUGAAGCGACUGAUACGCUAUUUAAUUAGUUUAGACCAACCGGGAGACCCGGCCUGGCAUUCAAUUGAGACAAUCAAACAAACAUUAUUAUAUUCAAUCGAUAAGUGCCGCGAAAAGCAUAAAAAUUCAAAAACAAAGACUGUUGCUAUUGAAGCGGAUGACAUGAGUGAUAAUGAAGAUAGUGUUGACUAUCCAGUAGAAGCUCCACAACAAAUACAAUUUGUUGAUGAGUUAACCCAUUUGUUUAACAACUUUUUUCCUGAUUUAUUCAAAUUGGGAACAGUUUAUCUUAAUGGAGAUCUUUAUGCUGGAGAAACAUACGAACAAUUGAGAGCAAAGGAUGAUAUCUUUUAUAAAGAAAUGGUUGAAAAGCAGAUCCAAAUACUUUGUGAUGAGAUGAGAGCUGCAGUUUUGCCCAAUUCUAUUAAAAACAUGCCUCACAUCCAGCCAUGGAGUUAUGAAAUUGAUGAGCAAUUUGUUCUUUGGUUGCCAUACUGUCUGAGAUCUGUUAUUACUUGUUAUUCAAAUCUAUCAAAACUUGAGUUAUCGUCGAAUCCAAACAACAAUGUAUUGAAACCAUUAAAUCAAUUGAUUUUUGAUCUUCGCGUCCAUUCUAUGAUUUGUUUGUUCAAUCAAUGUUCCGCUGAAAUAAAGAAUUUGCAUUUAAAGGAGAUCUGGGAAAUGGAUUUGGACGAUAUGGUCGGAGCCAGAACUCAAUUACCACUUCUAUAUGAAUGUAAAGUUAUCGAAAUCUUACAAUUAGUUCGCGAAACUAUAAUUCAAGUUCGCAGUAGUGAUGAUACCGAUAUAUUUAGUCAAAUCAACGUUCAGGGAUCAGUUAAACAGUUGGCUCAAAAUCUUCUUCAAUCGUUUAUAUGCGCACUUGAGAAGACAGUGUCGACUCCACAAAAUUCUCCGUCUUCGACGCCCAAAACUAUUCCUCUAAUAGAAGAUCGCACUCUUAUAGUGUUAUGUAACUGUAGUUUUACAUACAAUCAGGUCAUUCCUCGACUUCACGAAUCAUUUGAGAAGUUUGGUUAUCCUGACAUGAGUUUAGUGAUUAAAAUAACACAAAAUAAGUUUAGAGAUCUCGAGAAUCGACUUUUUGAUCAGUAUAUUGAGCGCAAAUGCGAUGUCAUUAUUGGUGCCAUUGAACCGGCGAUGUAUUUAUUUGGCAACGAAUGGUUUUCUUCCAAUCAAAUGCCAAGUGAUGUCAGUUAUUAUAUCAAAGAAAUAUUAACUAAUUUGAUUGAAAUUCAAUCAGAAGUCUAUCAAAUCGCACCCGUCUUUGUCGAGAAAGUUAUGUAUUGUAUAAUAGAGUCGGCUCUCGAAGAGAUUGAACGUCUCUAUGAUAGCAUAUCAACUAAAAUCACAGACGCGGCACGUCUUCAAUCAAUUAUAGAUAUCGGUGCUCUUCGACUGGCAUUUAGUCACUCAAGAAGAGAAUUAACCACUUUAUCAGACAAAAAGCUUAACCAAUGUCUAACUUGUCUCUCGACUCAAGACUAUGACUUCAACGACAAUUUGGUCGACAAAAUACUCAAUUCAUUUGAACAAUCAAUGCAUUUGCAGUUAAGUUGUUUUAGAUACGAGUUUGAAGCAACACUUCUAACUGUUUGA